AUGAAGGACGAUCAAUUCUACCAGUUCUACAAUUGCAUAGAGGGGGGGCUGCACUCCGGAUCUCAACAGCGGCGUGCAGUGGACCCUUCAACCACAAAGGAACUCUGGGACGUCCCGUUAGCGACUCCUGAUGACCUGGAAAAAGCAGUCAAGUCAGCAACAAACGCGUUCCCUUCCUGGUCCUCAACCAAAUGGGAAGAGCGAGCCAGCCUUCUACGCAAAGCUUACGAUGUACUUGCAUCGAAACGAGAACAGAUGGCUCUCCUAUUGAAGCUGGAGACGGGGAAACCUCUUCGAUUUGCGAGAUUGGAAGUAGAACACUCAUUGGGAUGGUUGAACUAUCACGCAAACCUCGGUCCAAUUAGCCCGAAAAUCCUCCAAGACGACGAAGAAUUUCAGCUUGCGAUUCACAGAGUCCCAGUUGGUGUCGUUGCCGCUAUAUGCCCCUGGAACUAUCCUCUUGUCCUCGCCAUGGGCAAAAUAUGCGCGUCAUUGAGCACUGGCAACUGUGUGAUUGUCAAGCCAUCGCCCUUCACCCCAUACAGUGUGGUCAAGUUCGUUGAAUUGGUCCAAGGCCUGUUCCCUCCAGGAGUCAUUCAAGCCCUGAACGGUGACGACCGCUUAGGUCCUCGGAUGUGCCAACACGCCGGAAUUCAAAAGAUUAGCUUCACAGGGUCCAUCAAGACCGGGAAGGCCAUCAUGGCUGCCGCUGCACCUACGUUGAAAAGACUGACACUGGAGCUAGGAGGCAAUGGAGCCUCGAUUAUUUGUCCGGACGUCGAUAUAUCCAAGACUGCUGUUCAAGUUGCGAUCGGAUCAUUCACCAACUCGGGACAGUACUGUCUCGCGAGCAAGCGGCUAUAUGUUCACGAGUCCAUUUAUGACACGUUUUUGAAGGACUUCGUCAACGAGGUCAAGUCUUGGAAUACUGAUGAAAAGGAGGACGGCGACAGCAUGUCACUGGGCCCUGUACAGAACGCCAUGCAGUACGAAAUCGUGAGAGGCUUCAUUAGGGACUGUCGGGACAAGGGAUACCAUUUUGCUCUAGGCGGUGACACAGGCACGCAGUCCAGUUUCAUGCUGAAACCGACGGUGGUGGACAACCCUCCCGACGACUCGGCCAUUGUCAAGGAAGAACCAUUUGGACCAAUUGUACCUGUGAUGAAAUGGAAGACCGAAGAAGAAGUGAUUAGGAGGGUCAAUGAUACCAACACAGGACUGGGAGGCGCAGUGUGGUCUUCUGACGUGCGCAAGGCGUUCACUUUGGCAGAGCGGGUGCAGGCGGGUGCAGUCUGGAUCAACGGCUUUGAAAGACCUCUGCCGCAUGCUCACCUCGCUGGACAUAAGGAGAGUGGGCUUGGAGGCGAAUGGGGUGAAGAGGGUUUGGUUUCCUACACAGAGCCAAAAACAUUUCACUGGUACAAGAAAUAG